GUAUGCUGCUGCUAACCUUUUUUCUGGUGUGAAAUGGCCUUAAUGGCUAAUUUGCCGACAUUUUAAUGUCAAAAAUGCACCCAUGUGAUUUGUUUUUUUUUGAUUUCUCUUUUGUGACCAAUUCGUGUUUAUUAAUUUUUUGCGUCCGGUAUUAUUAUUUGCACCAUUCUUAAUAACGCACCAAAAAAUAUAUUUUAACGCUUUUGAAUAAAACUUUGCGUAGAAUAUCUAUUAUUGCAAAUAAUGGAGGAAGUACAACGCCACAGCGUACAUACGCUUGUAUUUCGCUCCCUGAAACGCACACAUGACAUGUUUGUGUCAAACCAAAGUGCGUUGCCGGAAAUAGAUGAAAAACUGCUUAAAGUUAGGAAAUCCAUUAAAGCCAAAGACACAUAUGGGCUGGUGUUUGAUCGCGUCUCUAAGUCGGCUGAAGCAAAGAAAAUGGCAGCUGCGGCACCGGGUGGCGCGCUAGAGGGACCAGAACGACCACUAGCAAUUACCGAUGGCAAUGUUGUUGGUGAUCACCAAAAUGCGUUGGCUGCUGCAACGGAGAAAUUGGGCGUAAGCGGCAGUGUUGAACAUGCAAAUGGCAACUCAUCGCUUGUCGCUGCAUCGGGUGCACGCACUAGCUCAACAGGCAGUAAUGUACAAUUGAUUCCGAAGAAAGCACCUACAAUACCAAAACCAAAGUGGCAUGCACCAUGGAAAUUAUCGCGUGUUAUAUCCGGUCACUUGGGCUGGGUACGUUGCAUAGCUGUUGAGCCCGGUAAUGAAUGGUUUGCAACGGGCGCCGGAGAUCGUGUUAUCAAAAUCUGGGAUUUAGCCAGCGGCAAAUUAAAACUCUCACUUACUGGACAUGUAAGCGUGGUACGUGGCUUGGCUGUGAGUGCCAAGCAUCCCUAUCUAUUCAGUUGUGGUGAGGAUCGACAGGUGAAAUGUUGGGAUCUCGAAUAUAAUAAAGUGAUACGUCAUUAUCACGGUCACUUAUCCGCUGUGUACUCUAUGGCGUUACAUCCAACCAUCGAUGUGCUUGCAACAUGUGGUCGUGACUCAACCGCUCGUAUUUGGGAUAUGCGUACCAAAGCGAAUAUACACACAUUAACAGGACACACCAACACUGUUGCCAGUGUAGUUGCUCAAGCAGUUAAUCCUCAAAUUAUAACUGGAUCACAUGAUUCAACAGUACGCCUGUGGGAUUUGGCUGCGGGCAAAAGCGUUUGUACAUUGACCAAUCAUAAAAAGUCGGUGCGCAACAUUGUGCUGCAUCCAACACUUUAUAUGUUCGCUUCUGCCUCACCAGACAAUAUCAAACAGUGGCGUUGCCCCGAGGGCAAUUUCGUGCAGAACAUCUCCGGCCACAAUGCCAUUGUCAACUGUAUGGCGGUAAAUGCGGAUGGUGUUUUGGUAUCAGGCGGUGACAACGGUACAAUGUUCUUCUGGGAUUGGCGUACUGGCUAUAAUUUUCAACGUUUCCAAGCACCUGUACAACCCGGCUCAAUGGACAGUGAAGCAGGUAUUUUUGCAAUGAGUUUCGAUCAAUCAGGUUCACGUUUAAUCACCGCUGAGGCAGAUAAAACAAUAAAAAUUUAUAAGGAAGAUGAUGAAGCGAGCGAAGAGUCACAUCCGGUUAACUGGCGGCCGGAAAUACUAAAGCGUCGAAAAUUCUAAAAAAAAAAUGUAUUUAUACCAUUUUUUCUAUUGCAAUUGAAAUAAAACGACGUUUAUAUU